AUGAAUCGGGAAAUACCAGGGUUCUACUACGACCCCGAAAAAAACAAAUACUUCCGCAUCCAAGCAAGUCACAAAGCAGCACCGGGGGCCCAGUACUCAAAAGAUGCCGUGAAGCGCAAACGAAUCGAGCAGGAGAAACACGAACACAAAGCCCGCCAAACAAAGAAAAUCGCAAAAGAAAAGAUAAAAAAAGCCUCUUUCCUCUAUCAUCCCCUAAUCGGAUGUGAAAGAGAGAUUGGCGCGCAGAAUGCCACUCACCCUGUUCGGAAAGAACAUCAGGGCUUAGUGUAUGCAAGCCAGAUGCGGAGACGAGAAUUGCAUCGGUUUGAGCCGUGGCCGGAUGAGUAUUCCAUUAGGCAUGUGUUGAGGAACAAGCGAUCCGGGGUUUUGGUUGCGGGUGGGCAGCGUGGUGGGGAGUCAUCUGUUUCAAUAUGCUUCCCAGACCUCGACCAGGACCAAUUGUCUUACAACCGUACAAUGGAGAGAGUUCUUUUCAAAGAGGCCUAUCGACUCUCAUCAAUAUCCCUAAGCCACACCGGCUAUCUCCUUACAACAAUGGACAGCGGCCCAAACGGCGACUCCUUCCUCGCCCCCCGCAUGCUUCCAGACCCUGACGAAGGAGGCGAUUAUCGCUGGCCAUCAGCUUUCACCCACCCCAUCCGUAUCCUAACAAGCACAACCCAUUGGUCCUCCACCUCUUGCCCGACACCAACAGGCCCAAAACCGCUCUUCGCAAUUGGAACCUCCGACGGUCUCCAGAUCCUAACAGGACAGGGAAGUCACUGGUCUCUAACCAAGGCGCCGUUCCCUGACGAUAGAGGACACCGGCGGCCACAGGUGAAUGCUGUUGAAUGGCUGUCCGGUGAUGUUAUCGCGGCUGGAUGUAAAGAUUCGAGUGUCUUUUUACAUGAUACCAGGAGUGGAGGGAGUGCGGUUAGGUUGUGGCAUCCUGGUGCUGUUGCGGUGGGGGGUAUUAAGAGGGUUGAUGAGUGGAGGGUUGUUGUGGGGGGUUAUAAUUCGCUACAAAUGUACGACCUACGCUUUCCGCUAACUCAUCAACACAACCCGAACUCGAACCCUACGCACCCUCACCAUAACAAAACCAGAAACACAAACAAGCGAAAACAUAACCAAAACAACCAUAACAUCUCAACAAAACCAUACCUCGUCUUCCCCGACUACUCACCACCCUACGCCCCCGAAUAUGACCUCAGUACUGAAUUAGGGCUGUUGGCCAGUGUAUCUGACGAAGACAAAAUACAACUUUUCUCCCUACGUAACGGGGAGUUAGUCUCGCCAUUCACAUCAUCCGUGUGCCGGUACACAUACCCCAAACCCAUUUCAGCCGUUCGAUUCGAGAACGGAGAUGCCGGUGCCAAAGGCCCACAGGCACCGGCGCUACUGGUUACGGCAGGGGAUAGGGUGGAUGAAUGGUUGUGGUAG